CGAGUCUGUGUGAGGAAGUGUACGACCCGUGGCGGUCAGCGGCAAUUUCAGAGAUAAACAGUUUGCUAAGGAUAAGUUCACUUCGAGAGUUAAACAGAAACUAAAGAAUUAAAGGGAAGUUACGUCAUAAUAAAGAAAGUGAAGUUCGUCGAAUUUGUCCAGUGUUCUGGCGUGUGCCUUGGAGUUCUGACUCAGUGCGCCGGAGUCAGGUGGUAGAAAUCUGGAGCAGUCAGUGUUUGCUGGCCUGCUCUGUAACAGGGGUAGUCGGAAGCUUCUGUCCGGCUCAGUGAUCGGGAGGGGGAGGAGUGUGUUUCUCGGACUUGUGUACGGAAACAGGCGUCGCCACGUUCGUGAAGGAGGUAGGACGCAGGAUGGGCUGCGGGCACUCCGCAGAGGAGAGGGCAGCUCUACUGCGGAGCAAGCAAAUAGAAAAGAACCUCAAGGAGGAUGGGCUACAGGCGGCCAAAGACAUAAAACUGCUCUUGUUGGGUGCCGGAGAAUCUGGAAAAAGUACGAUAGUCAAACAAAUGAAAAUUAUCCAUGAAAGCGGAUUCACGCCGGAGGACUUCAAGCAGUACAGGCCUGUCGUCUACAGUAACACGAUCCAGUCCUUAGUGGCCAUUUUGAGAGCCAUGCCAAAUCUCGGCAUCAGCUUCGGCAACAAUGAGAGAGAGACGGACGCGAAAAUGGUUUUCGACGUCAUCCAACGGAUGGAGGACACCGAGCCAUUUUCCGAAGAGCUUCUGGCCGCCAUGAAACGGUUGUGGGCCGACAUCGGCGUUCAGGAAUGUUUCGGUCGCUCCAACGAGUAUCAGCUCAACGACUCCGCCAAGUAUUUCUUGGAUGAUCUGGAUCGUCUAGGAGCCAAAGAUUACCAGCCAACAGAGCAAGACAUCUUGCGGACAAGAGUGAAGACAACAGGAAUCGUCGAAGUCCAUUUUUCUUUCAAAAACCUAAAUUUCAAAUUGUUUGACGUGGGCGGUCAGCGGUCAGAACGAAAGAAAUGGAUUCACUGCUUUGAAGACGUAACGGCGAUCAUUUUCUGUGUGGCCAUGUCCGAGUACGAUCAAGUCUUGCACGAAGACGAGACCACGAAUCGAAUGCAGGAGAGUCUGAAGCUCUUUGACUCCAUCUGCAAUAACAAAUGGUUUACUGACACAUCCAUUAUUCUGUUCCUCAACAAAAAAGACUUAUUUGAGGAAAAGAUUAAGAAAUCGCCGCUCACAAUAUGUUUUCCUGAGUAUGGUGGAGCACAGGAGUAUGGAGAAGCAGCAGCAUAUAUCCAGGCUCAAUUUGAGGCCAAGAACAAAUCCACCACAAAGGAGAUAUACUGCCAUAUGACAUGUGCCACUGACACCAACAACAUCCAGUUUGUGUUUGAUGCUGUCACUGAUGUUAUUAUUGCCAACAAUUUGCGAGGCUGUGGACUGUACUAACACCAAAAAUGGACCACCUGGUUCAUCAGCUGGUCGACUGGCAGGUGAUGGAAACCAGUGCCAGACAAGCAUAGGGUGCAGCAGGGGGCACUAAGGGAAGACACUUAACAUGUGGUUUCAUCCCACUCGUUUCAGGAAGAGCAAUUAAUUUGGGAUGCAAGCACAAAGAAAACAUCGCCCUAUCAUCAGAGCACUCUGCUGGAACAUAUUUUGGCUUUAUAACCAAUCAUGAUCAUUUAUAUCUUGCCACAAAAUCUUCUCUCUCUUUUGCACGUACAUAAAUUUUCAUGCACGUAUAUAAUUCUGUGCAGUGGGGAUAUGUAUAGCAUUUGUCAUAUGCCAUGAACAUAAAGCAUAAAGCAUUUGAAUAACCUACUCUAAUAUAUGUAAUAUCUUCUCUAAGUGAAGUGUGUGCAUAUUUGUAGCAUGACGUAAGAAAUUGUAUUCAAAUGCUAAUAUAAUGCAACCUAACCCUACUUUCAGCCAAAUUGAAGCAAAACAAUAGGCUCUUUUCUCCUCUUGAGUUCUGAAAAUGACAAAAGUGCAUUUAUGAAGAUGUCACUUCCCGUGAGGCUGUGCUGUUAUAUCAAAAUUUCAGUAACAACAUUAUACACAACAUGCACAUUUCAUGUACUAUCUUUUUUACUUCUAUGCAUGUUUGGGUGAUGAUUGUGCAUUUAACUUGAUAUUCCUAUACAGUGACAUUUCAGUUCACAUAUCACAUAUUUGUGCAUUUGGAAUUUGCACAGAUCACAAUUUACUACAUCCUGUCAUCAAUCAUCACUUGUCCCCUCCCCCUGCUUCCCUCCUUUGCACCUCUCCAUGAUGGCAAGGUUAGGUUGAACAUGCUCAUGCACUGUGUACAUGGUGCAUAUACAGUUCCCAUCACACCAUAAAGUCAACAUGAAUAGGAGAGGUGGCAAACCAUUCUUAAAAUAUGAAUGCAGUAUUUGACAUUCUGCCAAAAUUAAGCCCAUUGGAUCUUAUCUUUCUCAAAACAGUAAUUUAACAAAUAAAUACUUGUUUAAAGUCAGUGUUUUAAUGUACAUUUACCCAUACAGAUGAAUUUUUUACUGCAUGUGGCCUCUUUCAGACACUGCCAGUUCAUUCUUCCUUUCCACAACAUGCAAAAUGAUUUUAGAUUUUUCAUCAGAAAAAUAGAAAUUAAAAUCAUAUUAAUUUAAACUUUGGUUUCAUAUUUAAUGUUACAGAAUUGAACCUGGCUUUGUGGAAGCUUCAAACAUAUAUUUAUUCAGUUUCUUCACAAAAGCAUGUAAAGGUUAUACUUCUAAAUCUACAGGGACAAAUUUUGAGUAACAGUAUUUCAGAAAAUUUUAUUUUGGGCGUCUUGUGAAAGCAGAUGGUAAACUCCAAACCACAUGCUCUUAUGUACAUGACAUUCCUUUUGAUUUAAUUUGCUAGCAAACGUCGUUGAUAGAUACCAAAGCACUUGUUGAUGCUGACAAACAUAGAGUGAGCAACAGGUACUCACAUAACCAUCUUCUGACACUGACUAUUUAUUAAACCAUGUGCUAUUAUGGUAGUUUGCAGACAAGUGUAUAUUCGGUUGCAAUUUUUUCAUAAAAGAAGAAAAUAUUGAUAAACAUUGCAUAUUAUUUAAAGGUUUAUUGUUACCUAAGUCAUUUAUCACGAAUCUAGUCAAUAGUGUUGAUUCUGUUUCCCCUCUUGAUCAGUAUCACUAAGAUAACAUUUUUAAUUUAUUUGUUACUCUGUAUAAUUUAUACUUGGAUGUACACUUUCUUUAUAUUUUCUCUCUCCCCCCCACACCCUCCACUUCCCUUCCAUAGAGAAUCAUUUUUCAACUGUACACAAAAGAGGGGGAGAGGAUAUAGCUGGGUGAAUUAUGUAGUCCAAAAUGGACAGAUCUAGUUGGAGUCAGUGUAUGCAGAGAAUGCUUGCAUGUAACUAUCUACCCUUAAUAUGAAUAAGGUACUGUACCACUUUUCUCAAUACCUCGUCUUCUUGAGAACUCAAACCUCUGUGUUAGCUGUGAGAUGGGCGAUAAAGUCUGUACUUCUGCUUCAGUGGAUUAUUCAGAUAACAUACAGUAGCAGAAUUUCCUAUUUGCUAUUCCUCCUAUCACCACUCUCCACAGAAUUCAUUUUCUAAGAAAAACAUUAAAGAAUACAGUGUUCCAUGUUUCUGAAGUGAUGGAAACUAGCUGCACAAAAAGUUCUGCAUCUCCAUUUAAUAGAACUGUCAAAUAUCAACCCAACGUGCACUAUGAUAAUCAGGGAUGAAAAUUAACUAUUAUGGAUAGUGUAGUGCUAAAUAAGAAGUGCCAAAGAUACAAAUAAUAACAGCCAAACCAUUCUGUAACAUUUCAGGAGAAGUCAGUAUUCCAGAGACUUCCAUCAGUUGGUUCUGUAAUUGAGAAUAGCAACUCAUUUUAGAUGUAACUUUAAAAUGAAUAAUUAAUCAGCUGUAAAUACUCAGACUACACUAUACCACUCCAAAUUGGGACAGCAUCUAAUUCCAGUAUCAAUUUUGGGCAAAUCUAACCAUAAUUUUAAUAAAUGAAAGCAUAUUCCAAUGACUGUAUUAGUGCUGCCUAAAUGUGUAACAUGAAGAUGACAGUGAUUGUAUGUACAUUGCUGACUUGAUAUUUGCCUUCUGUUUGAGAGCAUCUGUGUUGCUGUACUCCUGUCUCUUGCUUUAAGUAUUGUGGAUUCUUAAGAUCAGCAUAGCUGCACAGAAUAUUGCAUACAAAAACACUGCAACCUUUUUAUUGUGCUUGGAAUCGAGAGGAUUAAAGUACUUAUACUAAUGGUUAAAAAUUGGGUGGAAUGGUGUUAGGAGAUUUUAAUUUUAAAAAAUGAACUUUUGUUGGAUAUUAGAAAUUAUAGAAGAGAUUUUCUGUGUGGUUGGGUUAUGUUACCAUUAGUAAAUAUUAUGUUGUCACGCAUUCUGCUAUAUGAUAUACAGAAUUCACUUAUGUUUUGGUAACGGUUUAUAUAAAGCUAUUGGGCAUGGUUUUUUACACUUCCAGGCAGACUUAAGAAUACUACACUUUCUUUAAGGAAUGAAUGCAUGGAAAACCAAGAAAAUUCAAAGUCAUUUUGUAAUAUAAGCAGGUAGCAGAAAUCUCUGAAACAGAAUUUUCACCAAUAAAACUCACAGAUAUUACAAAUUUCUUCAAAUUCUAAUUCCCCAUAUUUUGCGAAUGAUAAGAAAUUUUCUGUAAAGAGUGUACAUAUUUAUUUGCAUGGACAUGGGUAUGGAUUUUGUUAAGUGAUGAGACAUACUGUUAUCACUGUUCCUGCAUUUUCAGGCCCCUCCACUACAAAUGGCUGCCAUCUGAUGUGAGUACAAGGCCUCUUAUAACCUGAGCUAAGUUCUUUAUGCUACCAUGAGGAUAUUUGGCAACUCUGCUGGGAUGUAGCCUUUAAUCCAUGCAUGCUUACUGCAUAGGUUUCCUGCCUUUCCUACUCAGCCUUCUGGAGCUUUAUCUGCAUGAAACACAGUAUCCAUAAUCUAUGUACUCAGGGUACACAAACCAUAAAUUUCUACAUCGUGGAAUGAAAUUUUAUAUAUAGGAUGCAGUUUUCUUUGUUCUUCUGUGUAUGUUCUUAUCUGUGUUCACAUGACCAUUGAAAUAAACCAGACAAUCAUCUGAUAAAAUGUCAGCUCAGGAUCAGAUUCACCAUUGUGUUCUGACCGAACAGAUAAUAGUUUUGGCGAAUUUAAAUACCUGAUGAUGACUGGUUGGGGCCGAAACAUGUUGUAAAAAGUGAAAAUUCUAAGGAAUAAAUUGGUUGCAUUGUUGACGGAAUUGUAAUAUAAGUAUUGUACCCGUAUGACCGAAGUUAUUAAUCACGGAAAUUUGUGGGUUACAUGACUUGCACUCUAAGACUGGUUUCAGUAAUUUUGUUGUGGUCCUUGCUGUCUAUUAACAUUCCAGUUUCUUUUACAGAUGCUUAAGAGGCAAAUAUUUAAGCUGAGCUCUGAUAUUGUCUAUCAUUUCUUGUGUUAAUGCUCGAUAAUGACAUGUUGAUUUCCUGUCUAUUAAUGUACACCAUUUCUUCUUACUUUAUUCACAAUAUUGUAAGUAGUAUGUCUCUGGAGAACUCAAGCCCUGGGAAACAUUUUCCUACAUUUUCUCCAACACUUCGCUGUGAACUACACAUCACGUAAUAUUCAUGUAAUAUAUAUAUACUGAGUGCUGUAGUGUAAACUUGUUUUUAUCUAACACAAAGAGAAUCUUUUGGGAACUGCAGAAAACUAUUGGAGCUGUGGUGUUACAAAACCAUAGUUGUGUACACUUUACAGCAAUGUGAUCCAGUAAUUUCUAAAACUGGUAUCUUUAAUUAGUUCACACUUGUGAGUUCAGUACCCCCUCCCCCCACAAUUUUUAUUUGAAUGGGCAUGUGAACAUACAAAACAACAUACCGGAAACAUUAAAUCCACAUUCUGUACAUGAAGUUCCACAGUGUGAUAUUAAAUUUAGUGUUUGGUAUGUUCUCAGUUCAAGGAAGAUAAUGGGUCUUAUGCUUAAUGAAGAUAAAUUAAUUCAGAGUGAUACUUCAGGCAGACCAGUUACCUGAGGGUGAAGGCUCACGCAUAGCUCCAGUUUUAUAUCACCACAGCUAGCUGAAUAGGAAAGGUGGUAACCAACACAGUGGGCAUGCAUAGCACAAAGUCCAUGCUGUGGCACAAUCAUCAGAUAAGCCCCCUGUAUUUAAAGCAUGUUCACUUAAGAAGAAAUCAUAAAUUUGAAGUCUUUUCAAUCAAGUUACCUGAAAAACUGUAUAUAUUUUCCAUCACUUCCUCCACUAUUUUAAUUGGACAACCUGUAUCUGGAUCUGCUUGAAUUUGAAAUAAAUUGAAUUGAAUUAGAAAGUGGGAACUGAACAAUAAAUAGAAUAACUUUUACCACUGAACUUGCAUGAGAAUUCAUAUUGAUUCGUACAGAAUUUUGAUGUGCAUGGAUUGACUGUCAGCAUUAUAAAUAACAAUUUUAUGCAUUACUGCCUAGUAGUUACUUCACAUAAGGGGUAUAUGAUUGAAACGAGUUCCGUAAAUGUGUUUCCUAUGAAUGAAACCUAGUUUUGGGGCUGAAGUAGGUUGACAGAUCCCUCUACCCCCCCCCCAUGUUUACAGAAGAUGUUAUAAAAUUGUAUGAGUUCAUUUGGGUAAUUAAAGUUAAUUCACUUUCCAUCCUGUGAAAAAUGAAUGAACUUCUAAAUUGGCAGAUGGCCUCUGGUCCCCCCUCUCCUGUCUCUGUAUCAUGCCACUGACAGGCCUGUGUUCAAUAAAUAUAGCUAUCAGACAUGGUGUAACUGUACUCUGUUUAUAGUGGUGGUACCAUUGGUCUACAAUAGGACCUCAAGCUUGUGUCAUGUUUAAAUUGAUAGUUCAUACUAAAGUCUUGAUGGCAGUAUAUCUGUUUCAAAAUAUAUAUAUUAAUGUGUAAAUUCAUUGUAUGUUGUUGGAAGGGGUGAAAACAUUUCAACUGUGUUGACUUUAUAAACAGGUUCUGUCUCUGUGCUGUGUAAUUCUGAUAACUACAACUAACCUGCUCUAUUUGCAUUGAUGCAGGAUUAUUUAUGAGUAACAUUCAAUACACAGCACAUUAAUAGUGUGUGAAGAAGGAUAAUAGCUAGUGUUGCCACCUUGUCAUACAGAAAUAUCAGUUCAUGUUCAAGAACAGUAUGUUACUUCAUACAUGGCUACCCAGACAAGUGAUGUGAUGGUCAUGUCUGAAUAAAGGACAGUAAACAUGCUAUGAGAUGGUGAUUUUCAGACAUGAGCUUUGUCUCUGCUCUUGCAGGAAAGUGAAAGUGAACUAAUCUUUUUACGAUUCAGGACAGGUGAUGUGCAGUAUGCACUUGUAUAUUUCACACAAUUUAAUCGGAACAGAGUUUCUCAUUUUGCAUUUAAGUAUGAAAUAAACGUCAUUUUCAGUUUUGAA